AUGGAACAAUGCGAACCAUCAAUCUUCAAUGAUAUUCAAACAACAUCAAGGCUUUUCGGCGGUGAGAUUUAACAAAAAACGGAUUAAACUAGAGACAAAAAUAGAUAGAAUUCGAAUUUUAAUCCAAUUAAUUAGGGGUGGUCCAAAGAUUACUGUACUUUUAUAAGAGUUAGCAAAAUCUAUUUUUCAGGAAUGCCGAUUGCAAUUUUCGGCUUCAUCACAAACGUCAUCAAUGUUAUUGUUUUUUGUGAUCCGGAAAUGCGAUGUUCGUUAGUCAAUCAUUUUCUGCUCGUGAGUUGAAUACGUCAAAAAUUGUUUUCCAUAGAAAUCCUAUGGCAAUCAAUCUGUUUACACGUGUUUGACAUACAAACAUGUUAAAAUGUCAUUUUGAUUAACAUGUCAUUCUGAUGUAAAAUAAUAAACAAAACAAAAAGGGAUAAUCCUUUCGUUUCCACGUGUUUUGUAUUUACAGGUUUUAUCAAUAUCCGACUUGAUAUUAUUGGUCAGCAAUUUCUUUAUGCUUAUUUUUCCGGUAAUUGCAUCGAUGAGCAAUAAUCCACUGCUCCAUAAUUAUUAUCCACUUUUUUUGUGGUGAGUUAUUUUACUUAAUUAAUGACGUGUUUUGAUGAACUUGCUAAUUGAAUUGCAUGUGGAAAGGGACGCUUUUAAAUGAAAAAAGUGGCAGAUCAGAUCAGAGUUGUUUUUUAACUCAUAGGAUUUAUUCUUACAGUUGAAAGUCUUAGAUGAUUUCAGAGGAUUUAGAUAAUUAGAAUGUCUGGCUGAAAAAAUGCAAUAUUUUUUUUGAGGAGGGCAUUUGCAUGGAACAAAGAACAAUUUUGAUCGAGAUGGAUAAGAAUUUGAUUUAAUUUAGGAAGUUUUUUUGCGAAUCGUGUUGACUGAUGAAACAAUGUUUUGUAAUUUGAAACUUGAAUUUCAAACGAGAUCGAAGAUCAUUGUGACAUAGUUGUUCCAAAGAUUGCUUUGGACAACUUGAAUUAGUUCAAGGGGUCAAAAUUGUUAAUAGAAAAGCUAAAAUUGUUCAUGUUUCUCCUUGAGAUCAUAAAUUCGUUGUUGCAGGUAUUUCUACCCAAUCGGUCUCACCACUCAAACAUGUGGUGUCUAUUUGACAGUCCUUGUCUCAGUUCAUCGUUAUCUUGGCGUCUGCCAUCCAUUUCGCGCCAAGCGCUGGGUUUCCGGAAAACCCGUCAAAUGGGCAAUCAUCGGCUCAAUUGUCUUCAGUAUUCUUAUAAAUCUUCAUACUUGGCUGGAAUUGGAUGUCUUAUGGUGUUAUUCUGCAGAAUUCAAUCGAACUCAACGAAGUAUCGCGUUGACACCAAUGAAAAUGGAUGCAACAUAUCAUAUUAUAACAAGAUGUAUUUUAUAUACCUUGAUCAUGUUUGUGGUAAGUUCCGUUAACUUGUUCAUAAGAUCUUUCAUUUGAUGUUUUUAUCUUGUUUAGAUUCCUUUCAUAACACUAAUCAUUGUGAAUUGUCGAAUUGUGGUUGCUCUCAAAGAAUCAACUCGAAUGCGAAAUGCUCAUUCACUCAAAAAGAGCACACAAUCGUAAGUUUUAUUUUUUUUAAAUAUUGUUAUAAAUUCAAAAUUGAUAUCAUCUAAAAUAUUCUAGUUUUUUCACUUUGAAAGAUAUGGAUAAGUAAGUUUCGAGCUUCCGUUUGCUUUUUGUUUCUUUAUUUGACCAUGGGUGUAUUUGCUUUAGGGUGUUAUUGCUUGGAUUUGAGUUUCAUCUGAUUAUUUAUAGAGUGGAAUGAUAUAUGAUUAGCUUAGAAAUAAUCAAAUUUCAGACGGAUUAUCAACAAUUUCCGGCUGUUGAAAAAUGCAAAAUAUUCGGAUAUUUUCGGCAGAUUCGGAAGAUUGAAUUUCAAGUAAGCUUAAAUUUGAAAAUCAAACUUCAACAACAAAAUGAGCAUUUUCAGCCCAUUAAAAACUCCAUCGUUAUUGAAAACCAAUGGAAAUUCACUCCGGGAUCGUUCAGUUACUUUGAUGCUUCUCGCAAUUGUCGCUAUAUUUCUGUGUUGUAAUUGCUUGGCUUUUUGUAACAAUAUUUAUGAGAAUGUGAAUUUUCAAAAAAGAGAAAGAGAUCGAGUUGGAAAUGUGACUGUUGAAUUUAUUGUGAGUUUUAUUUUUUUUUCUAGGUGAAACAAGAUAUUUGUAUGAGAGAAUCAUUAUUUUUAGGAUCCGUCAAAUAACGUGACAAUGAAUACGAUUGACACAUUUUUCGGAAUUUUCAAAUCCUGGAGUUUCGAUCUUUCAGUCGAAAUUUCAAAUCUCCUGGUUUCUCUAAAUUCAUCUAGUUCAAUGUUCGUCUAUUUGAUUUUCUCCUCAAAAUAUCGAUCAAUAAUCAAACAUUGGCUUGGACUUGAAAAACGAAGAAGAGUAAGCGAUUUCAGCUAAAUUUAAAAAAUAGCCAUCUAUUUUCAGAUAAACGGAGUUGCCCUAACCACAGCUAUGGCAGCUCAAAAAGCUCUCGAACUCUCGAUUCUUCCGGAUGAAGUCGAAGCGCGAAGAAAUCGCAAAGAACAGAAUCAAGUCAAGAAAACUGCAAAGAGUCUGAAUCGCUCGGCUCAACUGUUUUUGACGACUUCGGAAACAGAUUUACGGAGAGCAAGAAUACGAACUGAGCAAGCGAUUGACGAAGAAGAAAUCAGAGAACUGAAAAGUGAUGAGGAACCAAGCAAUAUAUCAAGAGGUAUGAAAAUGAAUUUCAAACUACAUUCUAGUUAGAACGAACACCGGUGUGACGCAGAAAAAUAUUUUCUGUUAUGAAUUUGAAAAAUUAAUCCGGAUUCCGGAAAUGUUGGAUUACAUGUAAAUUAUAUUGAACUUAUUCUAAUUUUGCAGAUGACUCAAAUCGAUCGAGCUCCAAACGUAAACUUCUCCGCUUCGCCACCCUCGCCUAA